ACAACAAUUCCUUAUCCUAUCAUAUCAUCUUCUUCGUUCGUUCGUUCUGUCUUUCUUUCUAUUUUCACCAGAAGAAGAAAAUGGCUUCCACACUCUCCACUCUCACCCUCCGUACCCCAUCUCUCCUUUCUCAUUCCCAUUCCUCUUUCUCCACCCUCUCCUCCAAACCCACGACCCUCCCAUUCCUAUCCCACCGCACCACCCGCCUCCGCCCCAUCGCCGCCGUGUCAGCCCCUGAGAAAAUCGAGAAACUCGGCUCCGACAUCUCCAACCUCACCCUUGAAGAGGCCCGGAUUCUGGUCGACUUCCUCCAAGACAAGCUUGGGGUCUCCGCCGCUGCCUUCGCCCCUGCCGCUGUUGUGGCAGCACCUGGUGGCGUCGCAGGUGGUGACGCAGCAGCCGAGGCAGUGGAGGAGAAGACGGAAUUCGAUGUGGUCAUUGAGGAAGUGCCUAGCAAUGCCAGAAUUGCAGUGAUUAAGUCAGUGAGGGCACUGACAAACUUGGCUUUGAAGGAAGCUAAAGAACUCAUCGAAGGUCUGCCCAAGAAAUUCAAAGAAGGGGUUUCGAAAGAAGAAGCUGAGGAUGCCAAGAAACAGCUCGAAGAAGCUGGAGCUAAAAUCACCAUUGUUUAAUGGCGGCGGGGAAAAAGGAGUUAAAUUUGUUUUAGAGAAACUUACUCAGUCUUGCGGAUUUUCCAUUUUUCUUGAUAUGAACUGUGAAGCCAUGCUUAUUUUCUGCUUCUAUUCACCAAAUUGUUGCCCUUGUUCUUCUUCUUCCUUCAUUGGAUCUGUAAAAUUACAUAAACUUGUAUUUCAACGUCUAUUUCUGUGAAAUUCCAUACAAAAUUCCUGUUUUCUA